CCCCUGUAGAGCGGCAGGAUCAGAUUUCACAUCCGCGACACUAUUCAGAGGCUGGGGUGGAGGUUUUUCGCUCAGCACUGCCAGCAACACACGUCUUGUACUCGAUAUGUAACAAAAAUGGCUGAGAGCACGGAUUGGGUGGAGAUUAUUGAGCCUCGAACACGAGAACGCAUGUAUGUUAACCUGGUGACGGGUGAGUGUGGUUGGGAUCCACCGCAGCGUGUGCGUGUCAGGCAGUCAAGCGAGAACCAGUGGUGGGAGCUAUUUGACCAGAACAACAACCGGUUCUAUUACUACAAUGCCCUUUCUAAACAAACGGUCUGGCACCGACCACAGAACUGUGACGUUGUCCCCUUGGCCCGGCUUCAGGCGAUGAAGCGGAAUUCUCAAUCAGAAAGCCGGGGGCAGCAAGCUGGAGACAGCACUCAUACCCGAAAUCAUUCCAUUGGUGAGGGCCGUGCUUUCUCAGCCCAGCUGCCAGGCAUCCAGGAUAUGGAGAAAGGGAAUGAGGUUGUCGGGGCUGCACAAGAUCUGCAGAAUUCAACAAGUAGGAAGGAAUGUGGAAGGUCAAACUCCCCGUGGCAGCCAGCCCCAGGCACAAAGGCAGCAAUGCUGGUGAAAGUUGAUAGUGGAACAAGCUCGGUCUCUUCACAUGCCUCAAUGCCCCAGCAACAGAACUCUCCACCAGUCACCAUCCAGAAGCCCCAUUCAACCAAAGCUCCAGGUCAGGCACAAACCCAUCAGGCUGCCUGUUUCCCACUAGGGGGUAAAACUGUGUCAUCUCCUCUUGAAUCCAAACCAUCGCUGCAUUUAAAAAAGACAGAAAAUGGGGGCUUCUGUCUUGUGUUGACAAAUGGCCCUCCAUACCCGGCCCCCCAAAAGGAUCAACCAGGACAAGCACAGCCUCUAUCCCCAAAGUGUGCCUCUUCAGCCCCCAUUUAUGAUGAGCCUCCCAUCGAGUCACCAAUCUAUGAUGAGCCACCCAUGGAAGUGGACCCUGGGAGUGUUUCUCAAACCGAGUCAAUCUCGACCCCAAAGGGAGUUGGCCAGGACUCCCAAAAAGGGCUUCAGCCCACCAAGCUGCUUCAGAGCCCGGGCUAUCCACAGCAAGCUGUAACGAAGCACGCGAGGAAACCGUCCAACACAGAGUACAGCCCAGCAGGUAGAGAGUAUAUCAAACAGAUGGUAAAUAUAGAUCCAUCUUCCAAGCAGCCAGUUUCUUCAAACGGGACCUGUGAAAGUUCAAGCAGAAUUUCUUCAGGUCCCUUGCUGGCUAAGGACAGCAACAAACAGCCAUGGAAGAUUCUGGACAUGAACUCCUUGAAAAGCAAUGAGUUGCACAGUCGUCAAAGCAGCAUGCAGUCUCAGGAGUACCCGACCUCUGUAAUCAGCCAUCAGGACUCUGGCUACUCAACGGGUCCUUCACCCAGUCUGAGGAGGAGAAAAGGGAGGAAAACCAUGGCAGGCCAAGCCAGGCCAGGAUCUUUGGGCAGCAGCAGUGAGCUCAACAUUUUGAACGAGAAGCUGAUCGCAGAGAUGCGGGCAGUGGUCAAUCGGACAGCUGUGAUCAGGGGUAGCCAGGCGAGUCUGAAUGCGGACAUAGCCGAGAGCUGCAUCUUGGCCGAUAUUCACAAAAUCCGACUGCAGUCAGAAGGCAGGCAUUUCAGGCAGUAUGCGAACCGUGGCUCAAAGGAAGAUAUUGCAGCCAGCAAUCGAUCUUUGCACAAAUUGGGCUCUGACAUACGAGCCUCAGUUGACAGUGAAUUAUCAACACGACCGGAAGUUGUCCGCCAGAAAAGGACAUUUGAAAAGGUGGAUUUUUCCAGCAAUUCAUUGGAAAGAAGCCUAACGAGCCAGAUUAGCCUUUCUUUACCGAGUCCCGUUCGGAACCAACCACAGCCUCAGAACAUGGGCAGCAGCCCUCAACUUGACCCAGGAGGGCAGACCUGCAAUGUGGGCUAUCAUUUUCCUUAUACCACACUACGCAAACCCCUGCCAGAGAAGAGCAUGGAAGACUGGGCAGCCAAACACCUGAACAUGCACACUCGGGGGAUCUUCAGGCGCAGGCUUUCCAUCGCCAACAUGCUCUCCUGGGUCGGAGGCUCCAUCAAGAAGCCAAUGUUGGUCACCAAUGAUCGGAUCAUCAAGAAGGACGCCUGCGAACUCUUCAAGCUGGUGCAGAUGUACAUGGGGGACAGGCAAACGCGGAUGGAGAGGGUCCCCAUUGCCCUUGUUAUAGUCACCAAGUGCUGGACAAUGCAGGGGAUCCGGGAUGAGCUUUACAUCCAACUCUGCAGGCAGACCACUGACAAUCUAUGCUACCGAAGCCUGGCAUAUGGCUGGGAACUUAUGGCAGUCUGUUUAGCCUUCUUUUCUCCAUCACCCAAAUUCCAGUCUUACUUGGAAGGGUAUAUCUAUCGGCACACUGACCCUGCUCAUGAUGUGAAAAUAACCCAACGUAUCAAGGAACUAGUUGAAAUGAAAAACAAGAAAUUCUCAAAAUCAAGAAAAAAGAGAAAACAGAAUAUAGAGGAAGAAGAAGAGCUUCUUAUCAGCACGUAUGCAAAAUACUGCUACCGCAAGCUUCAGAAGGUUGCUGUGACAGGAGGAAAGAAGGGGCUUAGAAAACCAACCAUUGAAGAAAUCCAUCAUGCAAAAAAUGCCAUCCUGACACCUUCCAUGUUUGGAAGUUCGUUGGAGGAAAUAAUGGAAAGACAACGUGAGCGCUACCCAGAGAGGAAGCUUCCCUGGGUUCAGACCCAUCUCUCCAAUAAAGUAUUGGGACUGGGUGGCGCGCAGGUUGAAGGCAUCUUCAGAGUGCCUGGGGAUAUUGAUGAAGUAAAUGCACUCAAACUACAGGUUGACCAGUGGAGGAUCCCAGACAACCUUGCUGAUCCCCAUAUACCAGCCUCCCUGCUGAAGCUGUGGUACCGAGAGUUGGAGGAGCCCCUGAUCCCACAGAAGUUCUACCCGCAAUGUGUGAGCAACUACGAGAACCCUGAGGCUGCUGUUGCUGUUGUCGCUUCUCUGCCUGAAAUAAACCGCCUUGUCCUUGGUUACCUCAUCCACUUUUUGCAGAUUUUUGCACAGCCGAUUAAUGUGAGCAAAACCAAGAUGGACGUCAACAACCUUGCCAUGGUGAUGGCUCCAAACUGCCUACGCUGCCAGUCCGACGACCCACGGGUUAUUUUUGAAAACACGCGGAAGGAGAUGUCCUUCAUUCGCUUACUAAUUGUGCAUCUAGACACGAGCUUCAUCAAAGGUGACCUGUGAGAGGUCAAGGGAUACAGACACUGGCCUGCUCGGCAGGGUCAAGCCUAUCUCUUCCCACAGUCCCUUUGAUGCGUGUCUGUGCUCGGUCCUUCCUGCUUUUUCAGUGGCUGGACAAUCCAUUUGUCAACAAAAACAUUGCCUCAAACUGGUACCUGGAACAACCAUGAUGCAGAACUACCCAUUAGUUCUGUUUAAAUCCAAGUUACACUUCCCUGUAUAGCAGGCUGGAAUCGAGGGAGAUUGUGGGGCUGAAACACUCACUGUAUCUGAGGUGUUGUGCAUGAAGUUUAUUUUCCAAACAUCUUUAGCCAAUAAUAAAUAAUAUUCAGUCUGUGUAAUUUUCUUUUCUGCGAUGGUAAAAAGUUUAAAAAGGUGCCUCAUGAUGGAGAUAAUCAAACCAUCAGUUGGAUCAGAUUAUUAAUGAUCCCUGUCCCCACCCUGAAUUAUACUGCAGCUAGAAAAUUUCAUGAUACUUCAACCCCCAAAAAGAUGGAGGCAAAACACCAUUUGCACUUUUGGAAGGGGAGGCUGCCAAUUUGACAUGUUGUAAAACUGGGCAUUGCAAAUAUGAGGGGAACUGGGAGUUGUUGUGUAUGUGUGAUUUUUAUUUUGUAUUGUUUUGUGAGAAAGAAAACCCGGUGUUUUAAAUCUGGAUUUAAAAAGGUGUAUGUGUCUUUUUUAAAAAAAAACAGAAAAGCUUGCUUGUUUUAAAAAAAAAGAAAAUACUUGCUCCCUUCCAGUAGCCCAACCAACACUAAGCUUUCACUCUGCUUGCUUACUCUGCCUUCACUGGAGGGAAACAUAGAAACACUAUUAUUAAACUCUAGCCAAUGUUUUAAAUACCAUGGUCACUGAUAAUAGGGUUGAAUGACGGAAUGUUUCAGUUAAUUUUAUCCCAGGAUGAUAUGUCCUCCAUACACGCAAUCCACAAAAACCCAAAUCUUGCUUUUCCGAUGGCACAUGAUAGAUGGCAUGUGUAAUGUAUAUAUAUACAUGUCUGUGCAUAUUUUCUAUAUUUUAUUUUUAUUGUGUCCGUUCCCUUGCUUGGCCCAAUUCUUUUCAGAGUUCUGUGUGUCAGGGCAGUUGUGCUCUCUGUUUCACCUGGUGCACAAGUCCCACUUAAUUUUUAAUAUCCUUGAAAUUCAGAGAUUUGCAGCUUUUCAUGGUUAAUUCCAACGGUUAAUUGGAAAGUUGUUCUUAAAUUAGAAGUGGUGCUUGCAUUCCACAGUACAUGGUGUCAACACUGAAAAGUGCCAUCUGUAAAAUGCCCUUUGCUCUGUUGCUCUGGGGACUGUUGUACUGAGCAGAGCAUAUUUUUUUUAAAAAGAUAGAAGGUCCUGUUUAGCAUUUCUGUUCUAAGUAGCUAUGAAGUGAGCAGUGUGCAUCCAAAGCUAAUUAUUUCAGUUCAUGUUUUCUCUGAUAGACUCUUUGGAAUCUUGAAUGAAACAGGUGAACUGUCUCAUCUCUUAUCGCUAGGACAUAGAUUAUUUUCUCUUUUUCUCAAAAUCAGCCCCAUAACCCACCGGAAUCUUCAACAAUGCAAUUGUCCUUCCUGAGCUGAGAGUUUGAAUAAAAUAAACAAUCUAGGAGAUCGCAAAAUCUUACUUGAGUUUUGCAAAACCCCGUUUUUGGCAUUCAAAUUGGAUUUGGUUAUUCAGGAAAACAAAAGCAGAGGCCCAGUAAAUUUGGACAUUUGCCUACGGUUAACUCAAAGUUGAGAGCAUCUGCCUUUAUGCACGUUUUUAAGUUUAAUUGUUGCCAUUUGGUACUGAAUUAAUUUAUAUUUUGUUCCUGUAUAUCUAAAUUUAGCAACGAUCUGCAAGCGUUUAAGGAUGAACAAAAAUUCUUAUCAGGUACAUUAACUGGGAUGAGGUUGUUUUGAUCCGUUGAUUUUAUUUUUAAUACAAUAAGGAGCAUUGUUAUUUUUAGCGUCACAUGACUUUGAGAAGGAGUUGUUGGAUGGGCGGGUCGGUGCAGGGAGUUACGUUUUCCGCCAUUUACUUGAAGCAUUCGCCCCCUCAUUCUGUCCAGUCCCUGAGUUGGGGGUCAAGUGAUCCAGUUUGUGCCCAGUCCCACAGAUGCUCAACGUGAUCAGGUCUUGAGCUGUGAAUGGUUUGUUGAUGGGAUUGCACUAAUUUUAGCGCUCCUUCACUCUCUCUCUCUCUCUCUCCCCUUCUUGCUCUCUUCUGAUAGCUGCUGUACUAACUUUGUUUUAUAUACAUGGUGCCUUUGUACCUGUGAGGUAUUUAAUGUGAGUAAGCAACAUCGCAUUGAGUUCCAAUAGCAGUCUUGCCAUCUCCACGGAAGAAAUGUAGUUACUCAGUCAGACUAUAGUGGAGUUACUACUCCUGACUCUAGACUUCCUUUUGCAAAGCUUAAAAACAAAAUGCAAAGCUCUUGUGAGCUUGUGUUGGGGAUGAUAAUUUAUACCAGUUGAAAUUAAGUUUGGAGGGCAUACAGCACCAACUUUGUAAACUGGCUGUGAUCAUUCUCUUUAGGUCUCUUUCAUACAAACAGGGUGAAAUAAGCUACUUUGCACCAAGUCUUUGGAAAGGACAAGUCAAAUCUGAACUCCCCAUUCAUCGUUGAGUCUAUGUUACUAGUCUGCAGUAUAACUAUGCCAGUUUUACUUAACUUUAGUUUCCUGUUUUCUUGGUUGUGGUUCGUCACUUGGCAGCUAUCCGCAUCUUGUGUCUAAAUCAUGUGUUGAUGAAUACUCCGAACCUUAGCAGUGAAGUUAUGUUGCAAAGUUUGAAAUGUUAGCAAUUGCAAUUGUUUCUUUUUAGCUUUAAGCCCAAGGCAUAGCUCUGAAAAUUUGAAAAUUAAAACAUUAUUAAAAGUCACACAAUGAGAUCUGAAUUAACAAUUUCUGUUAUCCAUGAAUAAUCUAUGGAAGGAAGGAAGAGAUCUCCUUGAGGGAGCGCAGUUUCUUUCCUUUGUAAGAUUAAGCUAGGUGAUAAGUUAUCUUUGUUGUAGCUCAUUGUGUCCUGAUCUGUCAUACUUUCCUAAUGGAGGUAUUUUAGUCUGGAGGCUGCUGCAGUAAGACACCACCAAUUACUGGUCCCAUUUAAGAAUGAGCUUGUAUUACUUUUACUGAGGUUACAAAUCAAUAUGUUGCAAAUGCGUAAAUGCCAAAUUUCAAAUGAUCACAAUCAUUGCGUUAUUCUUGCAUUUGUCCUGAUGAAUUCAAGACAAAAAGCUUCAGCAACAUGUGUCUCAGCAAUAUUCAAGUUCUGUGUUACUAAGUGACUUUUCGUUGCAAAUGUUUAUUUUUUAAAUCAGUCACGUGAGAGUUGCCUAUUUUACUGAGCAGUUUGAUGUGAAUAUAUGGGGACUCCUUGGGUCUUGCCAUUCAGGCAAGGGGGUGCCCAUCAUGCCCAAGAAGAGGCACGCCCAACUGACUAGGUCUGUGCCUUUACAGAAGAAUGAAUAAGAGAUGACUUUUCUGAUAACACUGCUAAGGUUGUAAUUAAAUAAUUUCUCCACCCAUCAAUCUAAUCUUUCUGGGAGCCUGCAAAGUUAAAAGUUUAAUAAAUAAUCUUUUUUUCGCCUGUGUAGUUUUAGUAGUUCACACCCCUUUUCCCUCCCACAUUCUCUUUAUUGCCAAGGCUAAUCAGUUAAUGUUCAUCUCGGCAGCAGAGUCUAGUCAGUGUAAGUUUGUGGUUCCCAAGAUGUCGUAUUUUUGUAAAAAAAAAUAUAAAAGAUAGCUUUUCCAAAUGAAUAUCUUUCUGCAUUGCAGCUUGCUUUAUUUAUGUAUUCCUCUUAAGUUUAUAUUCCUGCUAUAUAACUGUACAAAAUAUAUUUUAAAACUGUUCUAUACUUAAAGGAGUGUGUGCUCUAAACUUCAGUAACUGGUGCUGUGGACACAGAAGAUCUGUUACCAGGAGGGGCAGGUCUCUGUAUAACUAUAUACUGUUAAUGAUAAUUAUCACAGUGAUGCAGCUAAUUAUCUUGGCAGUGCAGCUUUUUUUUGACUUUAUGCUAAACUUUUCAUUAUGACAGAAGGUAUUUUACCUCCUCUUUUCCCGCCUGACACCAUCACCCCCUCCCCCCAUGUCCCUAUUACUUGAUACACUUUCCCAUCUGGGAAAAUGGGAAGAUUGCAUUUUUCCAGGAGUUGGUGCUUUCAGGAGAAGAAGGGAGAAGACCAGAAGGAAAAAAAGUUCCAUAGAUGCCCCUUUGAAAUGACUCAUUGUACCGUUCAUGAGAACUAAACCAAUCCUAUGAAUCUGCUGAUGUAAGACCACAUUGAUUGAGGGGGAGAAUAUUUUGUACAAUGCGUUUUCAUGAUUGCAAUAGCAUUUCUCAUUCUUUAUGCUACCAAGUGCAUUCUUUGGGGGAAAUUUUAACUAACGUGCCAGGUGGGAUACCCAUGGAUCCCUGUUUUACACCCCACUGACUGGGGGGAGCUUACCCCAUCCCAUCAGUCAGCAAACUGAAAGGUCUAGCUGUAAUGUUGAUUUUACAUAACUACCGCCUGAUUUUAGUCUCCAUUUAAAGUAACAUUGUGUGUAAAGUUAAGGUUUCCAUCUGAUCCUAUGGAUGUUCCGACUGGCGGGAUGGAUUAAUAUUCCCCCCUUUUGUGUUGCAGAAUAAAUACCCUCGUUCAAUUUUGUGGCAGUACUGAAUUGACAGUAAUUUACAUUGUUAUUUUAAUGAGCCUUCAUACACCAUGUGACACAGUAACUGGUAUUACACUAACUGAAGUUUUGUAAAUAUAGUUUUUUUUGGUUUUCUGUAUAUUGAUGAUAAAUACAAAGGAUUCUUAGUGAUGGAAAUUAUUUCCCCAAAAUUGAAACAGGGGAAAAAAGUUACUGAAGACAAACUGAUGAUUCCAGUAACAAUAGAGUAAAAUUAAACCCCAGAAUAUCCAGGUGGUGGGAAUAGAUAUAGCCACUGUAGCUUAAAAAAAUCCAUCAUUUAUUCAUUUGUUUUCAUUUCCCCAAUCAGGUAUUUACCUAAAAAAAAAAAUUGUACAAUUUAAAAAGGGUUGAAUUUGACUUAGAAAUAUUAAACUCCAGAUGGAAUUAACUUCCUAAAUAAGUAAAUUGGGAAAGGGAUUUGUGUGUGUGUGUGUGUGUGUGUGUGUGUGUGUGUGUGUGCGUGCGCGUGCUGAAUGGGGACUGUCUUAUUAAAAGCAAAACCAAAUAUGUAACCACUCUUGAUUAUGUUUUUCUUUUGUACAUUGUGGCAUUUGAAAUAUGCAUUAGCGUUACUGUGUAAAACUGCGUUGUAAACUUUCCUGUAAACAUUGCUGUUUGUGUUUUUUUAAAAUGGUUUUCUUUGCACUUAGCUUCUCCUUCAUGCUGUGAUAUGUUAAUGCUUUUUGAGAGGUUGUAUAAAAGCAAAAUAAUUUUUUUGUGUACACUGGAUGUUUCUUUGCGUAAGAGAAGUGUAAAUAAAAGCUGCAAGAUUCUGACUUUA